UACUUGAGAUUGGCUCGGAAUCAAUAUUUUACAAAUUUGAAAAAAAGUAAAAGGGAAUGAAGCUUUAAACAUCAGACAGUAUAUGUUAUAAAUAAGGUAUAACUUUAAUGGUAACGUAAGUACAUUUAUGAACUUUAUUUUUAUCCCUUGUAAAAAACUAUUGCUAUUAAAUAUCAAAUAAACAUGUAAAAAGUUUCUAUUAAACACUAUAUGUUUAAGUACUUUAACUGCUCUUCUAUACAGGUGCGGUAUAAUGUGAAAGUGAACGUCCUGCCCUACACAUCUAUAUUUGCGUUUGCUGCCGGAUUUAGGGCCAACUGGGACAUAAAACCUCCAAAGCUUGUCAGCCACAACAGGAGGAUAACUCAGGAGAAUUAUGUGCCAUAUAACCCGCCACAGUAUGAGUACCAGAGCCAGUAUCCAUACCAGAGCCGGUAUCAGAACAGCCAGUACCAGAAUUGGUACCAACCUGCUUCGUCUUACCAGAGAUCAGUACAUUCUGCCGUCCAACGGGCUUUCGAUUGGCAUGGGUUGAAUGGGUUUGCCUGCCUGCAGCGUACAAUUUGUGAAGUGAGCAUGCUACAUCAUGAUGAUGUCAUCAGCCAGAUGUUUCGCAUUGUUUUUAAGUAAGUUAUUUUAGCUCUGUUAAUUAGUCUGUGGUCAACUUACAAACUCGGAUAUCUGUACUUUUCGAUUCGA